AUUAAGCAGCAGCUGUAAAACGUGUAGCAGCUUUUUUAUUGUGGUGUUGUUUGCUUUGUUGUUCAACAACAGUUAAUUUUUCUUAUUUCACAAUCUUUAGUAAAAUGUUAAUAACUUUAAGUAGAAUAUCGAAACCGACAAGUAGUUUGCUAUGGCAAAACCUCAAAGUGAAAUUGCCACCUUUUACACCAAUUUACAUGAAAUUUUACGCAACAACAACAGAGGAAGCUAUGGCGGUGAAUAGCAAUACUAAAUUGACCAGUGAUCGUAUAAAAAUCGGUGAUGUAGCGAAAGAUUUGAAACCACCAAAAAAUCCAGAGCUAGUGCCUCAAAAGUAUGUGCAAUAUAACGAAGAUGGCACACUACAACUAACACAAUCAGCAUUACAUCACUUACGUUGGAUGCUGCAGAAAGAUAUUUUGAAACAAGAUAUGUUCCUAAUUGGCCAACCCGGUUCGUUACGACGACAGUUGGCUAUGCAAUAUCUAGAGCUGACACAACGUGAAUUGGAGUAUAUUGCCUUGAGUAGAGAUACCACAGAGAGCGAUUUGAAGCAACGACGUGAAAUCAAGGAAAAAGCUGCCAUCUAUUACGAUCAGUGUGCCGUACGUGCAGCGGUUAAUGGACGAGUGCUGGUUUUGGAUGGUGUGGAGCAUGCAGAACGCAAUGUUCUACCCAUUUUAAAUAAUUUACUAGAGAAUCGAGAAAUGCAUUUGGAAAAUGGUAAAUUUUUAAUGGCGCCCGAACGUUAUGACAAAUUAUUGGAGAAUUACACCAAAGCAGAGUUGGAUAGAUUGGGCGUGCUACGUGUUUCUGAAGAUUUCCGUGUAGUUGCGCUUGGGCUGCCAACGCACAAGUAUAAGGGCACACCAUUAGAUCCACCAUUGCGUUCACGUUUUCAAUCGCGCAAUAUAACACAUAAUGCUUUCGAUGAAAUGCUAUUUGAUCUGCAAAAUCGUGCACCAAAUGUGCCAAUGGAUAAAUUGAAAAGUUUAAUAAGCUUUGGCAUGGCGAUACAAGCUGCUGAUCAAACUGACAAUCUGCUCGAUUUUCCAUUAGAUAACCUUCAGCUGGUGUCAAAGAUGAUGCAAACGAAUCCGCACCUAAGCGUACAUGAUUGCAUAACACGCAUCUAUCCAUAUCAAACAUGCAUGAAAAAGGAGCACACGGAACGUAUAAAAACAUUGCUUAAGUCCUUAAAAAUCGAUACAAUAAGAAAUAAUCCCGUGAAAAGUAUCGCCGUAACUCCGCCGCAGGAGCAUAAACCGAAUAUGGUGCAGUUCCAAAUCGAUGAUAUAUGCAUCUCAGCACCUGGCGGCCAACGACCAGUUACAUCACAGAAAAACAAAGAAUUUGUAGAUCUGGCUCAUCAGCGCAAUGUUUUAGCCGCAAUGAUACAAUCAAUUGCCGUAGGAGACAUUUGUUUAAUUGGUCAAAAAGGUGUUGGCAAGAUGACACUAACCAAUCAUUUAGUUCACUCCUUGAACCAAUCGGUGGAGACGAUGAUACUCUACGAAGAUAUGACUUCGCGUGAUUUAAUACAGCAACGCAUUACCUCAGCGGAAGGUGAUACAGUAUGGCGCGACUCGCCAUUGGUACGCGCCGCAAAAUAUGGCUCGAUAGCAGUACUAAAUGGCAUACAUCGCUUACAUAAAAGCACUGUAACAGCAUUGCAACGCUUAAUUCAAGAUCGAGAAUUACAACUCUGCGACGGCACAAUUCUUCUACACACUGAUCGUUAUAAUGCGCUGAUACAGCAAGGUUACACCAAACUUGAGUUGACUGAAAAGAAUAUACUGAAAAUACACGAUUCAUUUCGCAUUAUUGCGCUGGCCGAGCCACCAAACCCCAACCAGCCAGCGCAGAAUUGGUUAACAUCUGAAAUGCUAAGCUUAUUCCUCUUCCUCGAAGUUCGUCCGCUGCAACAGAGUGAGGAGUAUGAAAUAAUACGCAAACUGUAUGGUGAAAUUGAUGAGGAUAUAAAUAAAAUCAUAAAUUUAUCACAUAAUUUGCGUGAUUCAAACGAUCCCACACUCUCAAACUUAGCCGGCACUUUGUCUACGCGUCAACUGCUGAAAAUUGCGCGUCGCAUGUCCGCCUUUCCCAGUGGCGAUCAGCAGUCGAAUGCUUUAAACUCUGUUUACGAUAUUCUGCAGAAUACUUUCCUCGCCAAAUUUAUGCCCGCUUUGCCGCGUGCCGCACUCGAAGAUGCGAUAGCGCGUGCCGGCAUCGAAAAAAGCAACACACGCACGGAAACACGACGCAAGAUUAACGUAGAGAAUAAUGUAUUGACUAUAGGCAACACAACGAUGCCGCUUGUUGCCACAGACGCUGAGUCAAAAGUGCCGAGUACGCUGUUUUAUGAGAUGCCGCAGCAUGUUGAGCUCUUGGAGCGUCUAUUACAGGAUUUCAUUAUUGGUGAGCAUCUGCUGUUGGUUGGCAAUCAAGGUGUAGGCAAAAACAAGCUUAUCGAUAAACUCCUUCAGUUGAUGAAUAAGCCACGCGAGUACCUUCAGCUGCAUCGUGACACCACUGUACAUAGUCUAACGGUGCAGUCGACACUACGCGAAGGUCAGGUAAUCUACGAGGAUAGUCCACUGGUGAAGGCGGUGAAGAGCGGACACAUAUUGGUCAUUGAUGAGGCUGAUAAGGCGCCUGUGAACGUGACCUGCAUAUUGCGUACACUCGUCGAGAAUGGCGAAAUGUUUCUAUCAGAUGGGCGAAAAAUAGUGCCAGCUGGUGAAGCUGCUGCUGCGAAGGAAGCAGGGCACAGUGGUGAAAUCAUUGAGAUGCACCCCAAUUUCCGUGUUAUUGUUUUAGCCAACAGACCCGGCUUUCCCUUCCUCGGCAAUGAUUUCUUCGCCUCUCUAGGUGAUGUCUUCAGCUGUCAUGCGAUUGAUAAUCCUUCACCGGAUUCAGAAAUAUAUCUACUGCAGAAGUAUGGUCCUUCGGUGCCUAAGAAAACGCUCGCGAUGCUUGUUAAUGCCUUCGGCGAACUGCGCACCAUGGCCGAUGAGGGUCUUUUGAAUUACCCAUACUCCACCAGAGAAGUUGUGAAUAUUGUUAAACAUUUGGAGAAAUAUCCCAAUGAUUCCAUGUCCGAGUUGGUUGGCAAUGUGUUGGACUUUGAUAAAUACCAACCCGAAGCACUCGAGCAAGUGACAACAGUUUUGUCUAAACAUGGUCUACCCAUCGAAGCCUAUGCACGUAAUGAGCUUUUCGCUUUGAGACGCAAGAAGGAAAUCCAGCUAACAGUUGAACGUACAAGCGGACUCGGUGUCUCUGGUCCUAAGUAUGGUAAGGUAGAUCCCAAAAAUGAACCUCAUGUGGGUGGCAAUACAUGGGCAGGCGGUAGCGGUGGCCGCGACACAGCCGGUCUAGGUGGCAAAGGUGGACCGUUUCGUUUGGACGCUGGUCACAAAGUGCAUCAACUCUCGGACGAAGAGAAAGACGCCAUACCCGAGGAAGUGAAACGUGCAGCACGUGAAAUGAACCGUAAAGCGUUCGAGGAUAAGCUAAAAGAGAUACGAAUGUCUGCACACGACCAUCAAUUGUAUGCACAAUUUAGCGAACCGAUAAGGAAGCAAGUACAACAACUGAAAGCCGUUUUGGAAGCCAUGCAAACGAAGAGUAAGGAGCGCCAAUGGCAGAAGUACCAGACGCACGGCGAAUUGGAUGAUACGCGUUUAAUUGAGGGCAUGACAGGCGAAAAGAAUAUCUAUAGACGUCGCGCGGAGGCCAAUCCAUGGGCGGAUCACGUACAAGAAAAACCGAAUCGUCUGAAGUUGGUGGUUGAUGUCUCCGGAUCUAUGUAUAGAUUCAAUGGCUACGAUGGCCGUUUGGAUCGUGAGCUUGAAGCUGUCGUUAUGGUUAUGGAGGCAUUUGAGGGCUUUGAAAAGAAAAUCGUCUACGAUAUUGUUGGUCAUAGCGGUGAGGGCUGGGAAAUACCAUUCGUUUGUGCUGGCAGUCCACCAAAAACCGAUAAAGAACGUUUCGAGACCAUACGCAUGAUGCACGCACAUUCACAAUUCUGCUGGUCCGGUGACAGCACUGUGAAAGCUAUUAAAGAGGCGGUCAACACUCUGUCCAAUGAGGAAUACGACAAUUCUAUUGUUGUAGUGCUCAGUGAUGCGAAUUUAUCACGCUACGGCAUACAACCGAAAGAGCUAGCGAAGGCGCUAAUGAAUGGUGAGCCGAAGGUCAGAGGUCAUGUGCUAUUCAUUGGCAGCUUGGCGGAGGAGGCUGAUGAAAUCAAUGCUCAAAUGCCGGCGGGUCACAGUUACGUUUGCAUGGACUUGACCAAAUUGCCGCAAAUUUUAAAACAGAUCUUCACCUCCUCAUUGUUGUGAUAAAAUUUUAGAGAGAUUCUUUAUUGUUCUGUCUAACUUUUGAGACCAAAGUGGUUGACAUAUUAUAAUAGUUCAUUCUGUAUGUAUAUAUAAAACUUUAACAAUGUAUGUGCAUACUUAUGUGUGUAUGUACUUACGUGUACGUUUAGCACGAGUAUUUUAUUUGCUUAAAACUCGUCUUGACUCUUCGAACGAACCAGUGAGUGCAUUUAAACAUAAAUCUAUGUUAGUAAGUUUGU